UUGUGAUGAAAUAUGUUCACUUUGUCUUUGAUAACGUGCUCGCUCCUGAUAGAGACAGAUGUUUAUUGACACACGAUAACACGGCGAUUCAGCUGGCUGUUCCCCUAGAAACCCAUUAGCAUAGUUGUGUUAGCCGAUGUUGUGAGUGGAGCUGCGCCGUGGCGCUGUGGUGUCCCUCAUCAAGCGGUUUACUUGUUUCCACUAAGUCUUUAUUUUACAGGCCUACUUUACCGACCGUAGACGCAAACAUGGCGCACACUGGUGCAAUGGAAGACGCAUCCAAGGAGGAUUUCUCUGCCAAGCAGGGAUCUGGUGUCUGCCUGCGAAGUCGACCAUGCUCCAGCGAGAGAGACGGUCAGGUGCGGGCUGUCAAAGCUGUUCUCCAGUCCAGGUUGGGGCCCUACGAGCCAGUCCUGACCUACCUACAGUCCGUCCUGGUGUGGGAAAGACCCCUCCAGUGCGCGCUUCUCUACACUGUAGUCAACGUCGUGUUCUGGUUCUUCGCCCUGACCUCACUGCGUCUGCUGUUCCUGCUGGCUUCUGGUCUGGCUGUGGUUGUCUGUGUUGAUGCCUGGAGAAAUAAAAUCUGGCCAGCGAUUAAAGUCCGAAACCUGGAAGACUCAGAAAAUGAGAGCUGGGGUUUGGUGCAGCCUGGUAUCCUCAGUGUGCCUGAACUGUGCCACCACAUCGCUGAGGCCUGGGUCAGUGGAGCAGUUCUCAAAUCUAGAGUUGUGCAAUACAAAAAACAAAACCCUGGCAAGUUUUGCUUCCUGACCUGUGGGGUGUUCACCUGUUUAGCUGUGGUUGGACGCUACAUUCCUGGAUUGGUGCUCUCCUACUCUGCUGUGUUGGCUACUCUCCUGGCCCCUCUGGGAGCCCAUUACAGGCUGUUUCAGCAUGUGUGCGUGAAGCUGGAGCCGGUCCUGCAGCGGCUGGACUUCAGUGUUCGAGGAUACAUGAUGUCAAAGCCCAUUGAUAAUCAGUUCCUGCGGAGGCCUCUACAUGAUGCUGCCUCAGGUGAAGCCAGUGACAGUGAGGAGGAGUUGGCUGCUUUCUGUCCAACGUUUGAUGAUGCUCUUGUUGCGAAGGAACUUUCAAUGACCGACUCUGAGCACUCUGAUGCUGAGGCGUCCUACACUGAUAAUGGAACAUUCAACCUAUCACGUGGGCAGACUCCACUCACAGAGGGCUCUGAGGAUUUUGAUAGACACAGUGACGCUGAGGAAUCCUUUGCCCAAGACCUCCCAGACUUCCCCUCCAUAAACCCCGAUGCCACUCUGAUGGAUGAUGACGAUGACACAAGCAUAGGUCUACCUAGUCUGGGUCCGUUUGAGCUAACUAGUAACCAGACUUCAGUGCUGGAUGUAGAUGUUCAUCUGGACUCGGACCAGGAGGAUCUGGAUGCAGAACUUUCUCUCAGCGGCCUGCCACCUGCUUCUGAUUUCACCGGAGACUUGGCCGGAAUCAUCGCCAGCAACAUGAUCCAGGCCGCGCUGGCCGGGGCGAUGCAGCCUCGGCCUCCUGCUGCCCAGCGCAGAGAAGGCCGUCCCAGGGCCGGGGCCCAUCGGAGCUACCGCAAGCAGUCCAGCUCCGAGCUGGACACAGACUUGGACGGAGAGGACUUUGAAAUGCUGGAUCAGUCUGAACUCAACCAGAUGGAUCCCAUUGGAGGAGGAGGAGGUACUAGACGGGGAGAGAGCCAGGGGUCUAACUUCUUGUCUAGUCUGCUGGGUAAACCACAGUAAGGUGGUGGGUGCGUGCGUGUGAGAGCGUGUGUGUCUGUACGCCAGUGUGUAUGAGUGCAACUUCAUGGGCAGUGGACAUGUUGACACGCUGCGACUGUUGUUGUGAAGAGAUGAUUUUAGGUUCCAGCAGCUCUGCUUCUGAUUGGCAUCAGUUUACCACUGUGAAGUACUAUUUUCUUUUUUUUUUUUUUAUCUUUUCAAACUCUUUUCUCCCGUACUUUUAAACCCUGAUGAUUCAGAAAACUUUUACUUUGUAGGCUGAGCAAUAGGAAAUGCAACGACAAAAAAAUAAAACGCAUUCAGAAAUUAAAUAAACCAGCAUCACUGAGCCUUGUUGCGGUCUUGUAAUUUAACACACACCAUAAGUUACAAGGGUACUUGUUAGUGACUAUAAAUAAAGAACAGUGCCCAUAAAAUCUUUUCUACCUGGAGAUCUACACAUACAGGGCUAUUUAACAUGGGACCAAAUAUGACAUUCCUGUUGGUCGAGCUGAGCCAUGUUGCAGCCAUGUAACAGCAUUUAAAAUUUAAGUUUCUUUUACUUAUUAGAAAACAAUUUCUUUGAUAUUUUGUUAAAGAACCAGCAAUCCAUGUUGCUGCUGAUAUUAGUGCUCUGCUGUCUUUUCAAGUAACACGUCACUAUCAUCUGCUUAAAGAUGGUUUAUUUAAUGUUACAGAGAUUAAUUAACAUUUUUCUAAACUCUUGUCAGCAGUUGUGGAUUUUGAAUAGAGCUGCAACAAUCGGUCAAUUUGUUGUCAACUAUUAAAAUUUAUCGCCAGCUAAUUUGGAAAUCAAUUAAUCAUUUUGAUUCAUUUUAUUAAGAAAAAAUGUCCAAAUUCUUUGAUUCCAGCUUCUAUAAUGUGUAUAUCUUGUCGGGUUUCUUUACUCCAAUAUGACAGUAAACAGAGUAUCUUUCCGUUGUGGAAAAAACAGGACAUUUGAGGAUGUCCUCUUGGGUUUUGGGAAACACUGAUCAACAUUUUUCUUAAAAUUUUAUAGACCAAACAAUCCGGAAAAUGAUGGAGAGACUAAUUGAUUAUGAAAAUAAUCGUCAGUUGCAGCCCUAAGUUUGACAGUGAUUUUCUUCUGUGAUUUAAGAUGAAUAAUAUUUGGAUAAAAGUUACAGUUUCUUUGUGUGAUUUUCUUUACUAUUUUUUUCCCUUUUCUGCCAUCUAACAUAUGAAGACAUCCUCAUGCAUUUUCUUUAACGAGUGUGACAUAACAGUCUUAAGAUAUCUGACCCAGAGGAACACUUGAUGUUGUGUUCCUUGUUCAUUGUAUUUAUGAACUUGUGCCCCAGGAUGAGCUGUGCUUCGUUAUUUUUUUGUGAGUUAAAAAUAUUUUUUCAUUUUCCUGCCCUUUAAAACAGCUCAGUGACACAUUGUGUCCAUGUUUAAUACCUUGAAUGACCCCUGAGCUUUGUGUUUUUUUUCUUUCUCAAAAGUAAUAUUUCAACAAGUGUCUGUAUAUCUUUGACAAUCUUUGUGUUUUCAUGUAGUUGACAGUCAUGCUGAUCUUUUUAAGACAAAAAUCAAAUAUUCUUCAAUUCAUGGAUCUUUUACUAUUUUAAUGGGGAAACAUGUUUACAUAAAAAUUGGGUAUAGACAGUUAUCCUUAAAUCCUUUUUUAAAAAAGUAUUAGUAUAUACUGAUUUAAAGUGGCUUUUAUGCGCUAGUCAGCCUGAUUUCCUUUUGAUGGACAAACCAUGUCAGUAUGUUAAAACUUAACAGUGGAAAUUGCACUUAAAACGAGCCACUGUUGAGAUGUAUUAAAAUGCUUAUAUCAAAGAGUCUAAAAAGGCUGGUUUUUAAUAGUUGAAUACGCAUUGCUCUUUUUACUGGUGUUCUUUCGAGUGGAAAACCAUAGCUGCAAAAUAUUUAGCACAAUUUUUAAAAAACUGCUGGAUAGGAAAUUGCUGGGGUUUUGAGGCUAAAUAAAGAGGAGAGCUUAGUCUUGCUUGUUUGACCGGGUUUGGCCACCUCUGUUAGCCAGAAUGUUCAUGCUCAUUGCUGCUCCAUGAAGAGUCAGUUCCUCAGUAUGAGUGAUCUGUAGUCAGUUUCAUAAUGUAUAUGUGCAUAGUAGUGUAUUUUCUUCUCUGUAUCUGGUUUUGAUAUGUUUUGAUGUGCAAACCGUAUUGAAUAAAAUGUUUGCAAUGAA